AUGGCGUACAACACCGUUUCCCAGGCCGACCAUGACCUGCCUUCCGACUCUGACGACUCCAGGGGUCCGUCGCCGCAAGCGCAUGCCCAUUCUGCCUCAUUCGAGCAAAACGCGGAUCACAUCGAUGGCGCGGGCCAUAUGCAGCCUGCGGAAGCCGAAAACAGCGUUCAAUCCAUCGGCUCCAUGAUUCGCUUGAUGAGAGCUCCAAGUUACGAUGUGGUCGAGGACGACGAUUAUGAAGUAGUAGCCGAUCCUUCAACAGGGCCGGACUUCAAUAGUCCCAGUAGUCCCAACGUUAGCCCCCCUCGCCUUCAUGCGCCUGAUACACCCCCGACCGAGGACCGCGCGGAGCUACGAACACCUACUACCGAACACUCUGUCCCCCUCAGUCAUCCAACUCCCGGGCUUCAGUCACUGCAAGGAGCAUACCUUCAUAAUGUGGAGAGGCUAGAGAAAUCGGCCGAACGUUUAAGCUUGAGCUCCGCAGAUAUCGGGAGCGAGAUUCGCAGGAUGGAUCUCGAACAAAGAAGAAGGGCCUCAAGUGCUGGGUCGGCCUCCAUUUAUACUUCUCAGGAUGGACUCUCUCAUCGCGACUCGAUGCAGUCGGGGACUCGUCUUGCUCAACUCUCAGAACAUCAUGCCCUGGAGGAAUUCUCCGAAAACCGAACGGCUCAAGCUCUCGCUCACUCUUACCUUCCUCCGCUCCCUGACCCGGUCCCCUUGACGACAACCGAUAUCAACCAGAACGCGCAGUACCACGCAGAUAUGGGCCAGAUGCAGAUGGAGCGACCCUCUUCAGCUGCAUCGGGCGAUACAUACCGUCAAGCCAGGGUGUUGUUCAAUGACUUCGACGGUGUCCAUUAUGUUCCUCUUGACAAGGGCUUGGAACUUGCACGCCAGCUAUCACUGACCAGACCCCCCCUGGCCGUCGGGGCGGAGUCGGACAAACAGCCACAAGAAGGGAAGGAUAUGGUCUUCUACCCAGCACCCGUACCAGUGAUGCUUAACCUACCGCCUAAGCUUUCCCAGCGUCCAGGUCAAACAGAACGAGAGAAGCGACGCACGCAGCUUCUCGAUGCGGUUGCGGCUGAUAACAGGAAAUCGGCUCCAUACCUGUCCGAGCAAGGCCAGCCCGCGGGGAACGACCGCAGACAGACUAAACAGUUGUCCGAUUUACCCCCGCAUCUUCGUGCCAGCGUCUUCUUCGAAGCCCCAAGUGCAUCAAUUGACAUCGAUCAUACCCAGACCUCUGCCGUUGCAACUCUUGACAGUAUUCUUGAUGCAUCGACAACAGCCCCUGUCACUGCGUUUACGGACCAUCCUUUCGCGGGGCCUUUGCGCCCAGAAAUGUAUAGCAGCGCGAAACAUGGGAAACUCCCUAAAAGCGUGCCUAAGGACCCGCCCAGAGAGCGAAAUAGACUGAGGCGUAGGAGCGCCCUUGAUUUGGUACAGCAACCCUCAGGUUCGGAUUUGCGGUCAGGUUCGCCCGCAACGCACAAUUUAUAUCCCAGCACAGAGGCGGAAGCCGUGGGGACACAUGAGCGUAGCUCUCUACGCAGGCACAACAGCGAGUCGGACUCUAGUGGCUCAGAGAAUUCCGAGGAGAGUUCGAGCAGCGAAGACGAUACUGACGGCGACAAUGACGAGCAACUUCAAUUUGUAGGGCAACCAGCUACCUUACUUGCGGAAUUAGAGAAACGAAAGCACGAUCUCAAACAGAGGCGCCGAACUGCAGCGAACGUUGUCGGCAUGCAGUCUACCCUUCUCGAGCUGGAUGCCGUGGCGGCUAAACAGAGCGAGCAUAGACGGCAGAAACGCAUCGCCCUUGCUUGGGAACACCCGGAAGCUGCUCAUCAUAACGAUGAAGAUGAGGACGAAGAUGUCCCUCUUGGCAUGCUUUUCCCCGACAAAUCUCACGCCGCCGACGAGGCACGACCGCUAGGACUUAUGGAAAAGAGAGAAGUGGAAGAAGGUGAGCCGCUGAGCAGGCGGCGCGCGCGAUUAAGAGGCGAGCCGCUGCCUCAAAUUCUCGACCGACGUCCUAUGACUAUGCACUCUCAGAUCGCCCAAAGCGCGCUCGCUCCGAACCAAGAAGAUGAUAGUGGCGAGGAGGGGGAAACUCUCGGUCAGCGGUUACGACGACUUAAGGGCCAUGAACGCAACGUAUCCAAAGCCGAUACCGACUUCACUACUGAGCUAUUAGCAGAGUUCGACCACCUGAAGGAGGACGAAAGCAAAGACAACCAGAAUGAGCCUUCUCAGGAGGACGAAACUCUAGCAGAAAGGCGAGCUCGCCUCAAAAAGGAGGCGCUUGAAAAACGGAAUUCAGGGCUCAAAAUUCCCCGGUAUAGAAAGAGUAUGGCUGAUAUUUUUUCUGCCCCACGUCCGUCCACUGCUAGUCAACAAUCUUUGCUACAGGAGGUCCCUGGUCCCCAAGGGCUUAAUCACCAGCGGUCUUUCGAUAAUCGAAUGUCCAUGCAACAGUUUCCGCCAGGUCCGCCAAAGACAUCAGCAGGGUUCUCACAAUACCAAGCAGCCAGUCUGGCGGGUCCACAUGGCUACCAAAUGGCACACCCAAAUACUUUCUACAGUGAUGCAAUUUUGGGCAACGGAAACCUAAGUUAUGCGGUGCCACCCAAUAUGCAUGCCAACACCGUACAACAGCCGGUUAAUCCGGGACAACGAGCAGUUAUCGACCGCUGGAGGCAGAGCAUCGUCUGA